ACUUCCGGGCGCCGCCGGCGGGGGCGCUCGGGCCUGGGCUUCGGCGCUCUGGGCUCGGGCUCCGGCUCGGGAGGCAAUCGUGUCCGCUGCCGCCGCCAGAGCCGGCCGGAGUCGACUCGGAGCCGCGUCCACGCGGAGCGGGCGGGUGGGAGCUGGCGGCUGGGCCCCUGCGGCGCCCCCGCGGCCUGCCCCGCGUCCGCCUCCGGGCCGCCGAGCCGCAGCCGCCGAGAUGGGGGCCGCCCCGGGCCGCGCCCCCGCCGAGUCCCGCCCGCCGCGCUGCCGCUGAGCGCAUGGGCCGGGCUGCGCCGCGCCGCUCCGGGAGCCGGGCCCGGGGCCCCGCCGCCUCCGCGCGCGGGACAGAUUGAUUCACUUUGGAGCUGUAAGUACUGAUGUAUUAGGGUGCAGCGCUCAUUGUUCAUUGACGCAGAGUCCCAAAAUGAAUAUCCAAGAGCAGGGUUUCCCCUUGGACCUCGGAGCAAGUUUCACCGAAGAUGCUCCCCGACCCCCAGUGCCUGGUGAGGAGGGAGAACUGGUGUCCACAGACCCGAGACCUGCCAGCUACAGUUUCUGCUCUGGGAAAGGUGUUGGCAUUAAAGCUGAGACUUCGACGGCCACUCCGAGGCGCUCGGAUCUGGAUCUGGGGUAUGAGCCUGAGGGCAGUGCCUCCCCCACCCCACCAUACUUGAAGUGGGCUGAGUCACUGCACUCCCUGCUGGAUGACCAAGAUGGGAUAAGCCUGUUCAGGACUUUCCUGAAGCAGGAGGGCUGUGCCGAUUUGCUGGACUUCUGGUUUGCCUGCACUGGCUUCAGGAAGCUGGAGCCCUGUGAUUCGAACGAGGAAAAGAGGCUGAAGCUGGCAAGAGCCAUCUAUCGAAAGUACAUCCUUGAUAACAAUGGCAUCGUGUCCCGGCAGACCAAGCCAGCCACCAAGAGCUUCAUAAAGGGCUGCAUCAUGAAGCAGCUGAUCGAUCCUGCCAUGUUUGACCAGGCCCAGACAGAAAUCCAGGCCACUAUGGAGGAAAACACCUAUCCCUCUUUCCUUAAGUCUGAUAUUUAUUUGGAAUAUACAAGGACAGGCUCGGAGAGCCCGAAAGUCUGUAGUGACCAGAGCUCUGGGUCAGGGACAGGGAAGGGCAUAUCUGGAUACCUGCCGACUUUAAAUGAAGAUGAGGAAUGGAAAUGUGACCAGGACAUGGACGAGGACGAUGGCAGAGACGCUGCUCCUCCCGGAAGACUCCCUCAGAAGCUGCUCCUGGAGACAGCUGCUCCGAGGGCCUCCUCCAGUAGACGGUACAGCGAAGGCAGAGAGUUCAGGUAUGGAUCCUGGCGGGAGCCAGUCAACCCCUAUUACGUCAAUGCCGGCUAUGCCCUGGCCCCAGCCACCAGUGCCAACGACAGCGAGCAGCAGAGCUUGUCCAGUGAUGCAGACACCCUGUCCCUCACGGACAGCAGCGUGGAUGGGAUCCCUCCAUACAGGAUCCGUAAGCAGCACCGCAGGGAGAUGCAGGAGAGCGUGCAGGUCAACGGGCGGGUGCCCCUACCUCACAUUCCCCGCACGUACCGGGUGCCGAAGGAGGUCCGUGUGGAACCUCAGAAGUUUGCUGAGGAGCUCAUCCACCGCCUGGAGGCCGUGCAGCGCACACGGGAGGCCGAGGAGAAGCUGGAGGAGCGGCUGAAGCGCGUGCGCAUGGAGGAGGAAGGUGAGGACGGCGAUCCAUCCUCAGGGCUCCCAGGGCCGUGUCACAAGCUGCCUCCUGCUCCUGCUUGGCACCACUUCCCACCCCGCUGUGUGGACGUGGGCUGUGCCGGGCUCCGGGAUGCACACGAGGAGAACCCCGAAAGCAUCCUGGACGAGCAUGUACAGCGUGUGCUGAGGACACCUGGCCGCCAGUCACCUGGGCCUGGCCACCGCUCCCCGGACAGUGGGCACAUGGCCAAGAUGCCGGUGGCACUGGGGAGUGCCGCCUCAGGGCACGGGAAGCAUGUGCCCAAGUCAGGGGUGAAGCUGGACGCAGCCGGCCUGCACCACCACCGACACGUCCACCACCACGUCCACCACGGCACAGCCCGGCCCAAGGAGCAGGUGGAGGCCGAGGCUGCCCGCAGGGCCCAGAGCAGCUUCACGUGGGGUCCGGAACCACACAGCCAUGGGGCAAAGUCCCGAGGCUACUCAGAGAGUGUGGGCGCUGCCCCCAACGCCAGCGAUGGCCUGGCCCACAGUGGGAAGGCGGGCACGGCAUGCAAAAGAAAUGCCAAGAAGGCCGAGUCAGGGAAGAGCGCCAGCGCUGAGGUGCCAGGUGCCUCGGAGGAUGCAGAGAAGAACCAGAAGAUCAUGCAGUGGAUCAUUGAGGGGGAGAAGGAGAUCAGCAGGCACCGCAGGACCGGCCAUGGGUCCUCAGGGACAAGGAAGCCGCAGCCCCAUGAGAACUCCAGACCCUUGUCCCUUGAGCGCCCCGGGGCCAUGCACCCCUGGACCGGCCCUCAGCUCCGGACCUCCGUGCAGCCCUCCCACCUCUUCAUCCAAGACCCCACGAUGCCACCCCACCCAGCUCCCAACCCCCUAACCCAGCUGGAAGAGGCUCGCCGACGUCUGGAGGAGGAAGAAAAGAGAGCCAGCCGGGCACCCUCCAAACAGAGGUAUGUGCAGGAGGUUAUGCGGCGGGGACGCGCCUGCGUCAGGCCAGCGUGCGCGCCGGUGCUGCGCGUGGUACCAGCCGUGUCGGACAUGGAGCUCUCCGAGACAGAGACGAGAUCGCAGAGGAAGGCGGGCGGCGGGAGUGCCCCGCCGUGUGACAGCAUCGUUGUAGCGUACUACUUCUGUGGAGAGCCCAUCCCCUACCGCACCCUGGUGAGGGGCCGCGCUGUCACCCUGGGCCAGUUCAAGGAGCUGCUGACCAAAAAGGGCAGCUACAGAUACUACUUCAAGAAAGUGAGUGACGAGUUUGACUGUGGGGUGGUGUUCGAGGAGGUUCGAGAGGACGAGGCCGUCCUGCCCGUCUUUGAGGAGAAGGUCAUCGGCAAAGUGGAGAAGGUGGACUGAGCGGCUGGCGGGCUGACCGCUGCACCAGGCGAGGCCCUUGGUGGGCACAGGUGUCACAGCCAGGCGGAUGACCUUGUACUCAGGAGCCCAAUAGAGAACAGCGUGGGGGCGCCGCCCACCCCUGCAGUCUCGCCGUGUCUGGGCGGGUAGGGGUCCCUCCGCGUGGUCCACAGGCUUCUGUCCUGCCCCCGAGGAGGCAGCUGGACACUCCCCAUAGCAAUACUUGGAGGGCCUAGCCCAAGUGGGGCAGCCAAGGUCCCUGCUGCCGGCUUUAAGCAGCGCCCCGGUGCCUCCCCUGGGCACGUGUGCUGGGAUCUGUUUUCCCUCUGGGGUUUGCCCACGUACCCUGGUCUUGCUGGGCUCAGCCCCAGGCCUGGGCACAGGGGCCUGCAGGGCCUCUGUCAAUUGUACUCGCCACCGAGUGCCUUCAACACAGCUUGUCUCUUGCCUGCCACUGUGUGAGCCGGCGACGGGGCACUGCACCUGCCUCCAGCUGCCGGCUGCGCGGUCCCGGGUCCUCCUUUCUGAGGGCCCAUGUAAAUAUGUACAUUUCUCAGGCCAGGGCCAGCAGGGGCUGCCCAGGUCUGUUUUUCAUGCGAUGACACUUGUACAAUUAUCUUUUCAAAGGUACUUGGAUAAUAAUGAAAUAAAACUGUUUUUGAACCUGC